AUGUUUUCUGCGUUGUUGUCUCAAGUCUCCAUCCGCACCAUUGCGGCGUUUUGGGUCAUUUUCCUCACCCUGCUCGUGUUCUUCAAACGACGUAAGAACCUCCCACCGUCACCGAGUGGGAGCUGGCCUGUUGUCGGCCACCUGUUGUCCCUCGGCCGAGCGCCCCACCUGAAGCUUACGGAGUGGAGGAAACGGUAUGGCGACGUGUACACUGUUAGAAUGGGGAUGGAAGACGUGGUGGUUCUGAACGGCUACCGGGCCAUCAAAGAGGCGCUUGUGGACUACAAGGACGCUUUCUCCAGCAGGCCAAACAACUAUGUGCUGAAUCUGGUCACUGGCUCAGGAAAAGUCGUUGAUAUCCGCGCGCGCAUUUAUCUCACAGACAUCGCGCUUGCAAAAUUCAACCAAGCCUACAAGGAAAAACGUAAGUUUGCCUACAGUGCGCUGAGAACCUUGGGGAUGAGAAUGGGACCAGGCAGUAUGGAAGAGAACAUCAGAGACGAGGCUCGUCAGCUCUGCCUGAAGUUGUCAGAACAAGGGGACGUACAUCUACGUGACAUCGCCGACAACUUGAAUGUGUCAGUCGCUAACAUCAUCUGCUCCAUGGUGUUCGGGAAACGCUACGAGUACGAUGAUGUCAAGUUUGUGGAACUGACCAAGAUCGUUCACGCAUUCCUUCGACAAGAAAUUACAAAGCAUCGCGAGACCCUGGACAACGGGAAUCCACGAGACUUCAUCGACCUCCUUUUCAUCGAAAUACAAACUCAAGGGAAGACCGACUACUUUACAGAGGAGAAUAUUGUGUGGAUAAUUGAAGACCUGUCUGUUGCUGGAAUGGAGACCACGGCCAACACUUUGCGAUGGGGUCUUCUGUACAUGGUCCUGUUUCCAGAGGAGCAGAAGAAGGUCCAAGUUGAGCUGGACAGUGUCCUGGGAACAGACCAUGACGUGCCCACCCUGGCCCACAGGUCCCAGCUCCCGUAUACCGAGGCUACUAUUAUGGAGAUCCAGCGAAUCAGGGCCAUCCUUCCCCUCAGUAUUCCUCAUACUCCUAACGAGGACACGAAGUUUCGAGGCUAUGACAUCCCCGCGGGAAUGCAGGUUCUUCCCAACCUGUGGUCAGCUCAGAUGGACCCAGAGUUCUGGCCGGACCCUGAGAGGUUUGAGCCCCGUAGGUUCCUGGACUCUGAAGGCAAGGUGUUCACCAGGCCCGAAUCCUUCAUGCCUUUCUGUACUGGCCGCCGUGUCUGCCUCGGUGAGCAGCUGGCUAAGAUGGAACUCUUUUUGCUCUUUUCUUCCCUCCUGAAGCACUUCACCUUCAAGUUGCCAGAGGGCGCCACUGUACCUUCUACCGAUGGCUGCAUGGGAAUAACCCUGGUCCCACCAAGAGUGAAUAUGUGCAUCACUCAACGCUAGGAAUGUAUAUGUCAGCGCAAUUUGUGUGAUAUUUUCACAAUACACGUCUGUCACAAUACCUGUAUUCAAAAAGGUGACUGACUUGUGUUACCCUGUUUAGAAAUAUUUACAUAACGCCAACUAAAAGGUAAAUAAUAAAUAUAUGUACAUGUAUUGUAUACCUUUGUCAACAAACAUAUAUAUCUGUUACACUGGACAUAUUUUUCUAGUUAAUAUAUUUGUCAUAUUGUACAAUUCUUGGUCAAUCGAAGAGAAGAAUCGC